AUGUCCCAUGUAACAAAUACUCUGUGUCUGUUUAUUGAUGGAUUAACGCUUAUAUACCUUCUAGAUUUAGCAACAUUUUAUAUAUUAAGUAAAACAUUGAUUACGUCGAUUCGAUUGGUUUUAAGUUUGCCAACAUGUCAUAUUUUUAGUUAUUUAUUUAAAAAAUGGCUAAUAUUUCGAUGUCUUUUAUUCUGUUGGAGAAGAUAUAGUGUUUAUAAACGAUUAAAUAAGAAAAGAGAUGAUAUAACGGAUAAACAUGGCCGAUUACAUAUCAAAUUUCAAGGUUUACAUAAUAUGGACAGUCAAUCCAAAGAGUUAUCACUCAACAACAAUAAUGAACUGACAUCAAUGAGCUUGAGUCAACUGCGUGAGAAGUUACGUAAUAGAAGUAUUACGUCAGUCAAUCUUUUAGACGCUUAUCAAAUUCGUGGUUUAGAACUUAUUCGUACGAGGUCCAACUGCAUCAGUGAAAUUAUUUAUGAAGCUGACGUCUACGCUAUAUUAGCUGAUAGCUUACGGGAUUCAGAAGGUGAAAAUGUUAGUUCAAUUCAUGGGAUACCUAUAGCAUUGGAAGAAAUAUUUCCUAUUCAUGGUUAUGACCAUACAAUGGGAUAUACAAUACGCACCAAUCGUGGUGCAGAAGAUGACUGUAUUUUAGUAAAAGCAUUGCGUGAUUGUGGUGCAAUUCCAGUGAUAUUGACAAAUGUAAAGCAAAAGAUUCUUGGCUUAUCAGCGAACAACCCAAUAACUGGAUUAACAAGUCAUCCUACACAUCCUGGACGAGCGUGCGUCAGUGGUAUGGGGCCUUUGUUAGUUCAUAAGGGUUCUCCGUUAGCUGUUGGUUUCGAUAUAUUGGGUGAAGCACGUCUUUCAGCUGCAUUUUGCGGAAAAACAGCACUCAAACCAACUCCAUAUAGGAUGAGCAAUAAAGAUUUGAAAUUGCCAAUUGAACUACCUGAAAACUUGUUACCAGUUCCUUCUCCUAUGGGUCAUAGAAUUGAAGAUAUUGUUGAUGUUUUAAAAAGCCUUUGGACCUCAAAUAUGUUCGCACAUGAUUGCACGUUAUGUCCGAUGGCAUUCAACGAUAAGGAAUAUAAAUCUAUCGCAGAAGGAAAUAGGAAAUUGAAAAUUGGUUUUUAUUCAAAUUUUGAUGGUCUAGUCAAAGCUUCACCGUCAGUACAACGAGUCAUGUCAGAAGUUCGUGAUGAGCUUUCUAGACAAGGUCACGAAGUGAUCGACUUUGCUUUGCCGACACCAAGUAAAGCAUACCAGAUGACUAUAAGUUUAUUGGCUAGUUAUAUGGAACCAGAAUCCCUAAAGUUACUAUAUAUUCACGGAAACGGAGACAUUUUGGUAGAUUAUAGGCAGCGUCUCUUGCAUUUAUUCUAUGCGCUACCCCGUUUUCUUCGACACAGAAUAGCUGAAUGGCGCGCAAAAGGUAUUGAAAAUGACUAUCCAGCCACAGCAGUUGUUCUACGAGGUUUAGGCUACAAUCAAAAUCGUAAAACAUUGAUCAAUCAAAUUAAUGAUUAUAAGCAAGAAUUUUUCUCACUGUGGAAUGAAAUGGAACUAGAUGUGUUAGUAUGCCCAACUGCACCAAUACCUGCUCCAUGGGAUGAUAGUCCGUCGUAUGUAACUAAUUGUGUAUUACCAUUUACAUGUUUAUAUAAUUUACUCGGUUGCCCAGCUGGUACUUUAUCCGUGGGACGUGUUGAAAAGUGUGACUUGCAAGCAUGUGAUGACAUCUCUGACGACAACUUCAAAAGUUCCUCGCUUAACAUCAUGUUCUCUGAACAGUAUAAACGUUCCGAAGGUUUGCCUAUCGGUGUACAAGUUGUUGCAAAACCAUGGAAUGAUGAGUUAGCACUUGGAGUACUCGUCAGACUACAAUCCAUUAUUACGGCAUAA